GCGGUGCGGCUGCUAAGCGCCCUCACAAAACUUGGUUUACACUGAGCGUCAGCCAGCACGUGUGAAGCCUGUAGCGAAGGUGUUUACGUCUGCCUAAGCUCCCUGGUUUACAUUGUGCACGAGGUUGUUUACACUCAUCUCCUGUAUACAUGAUGACGGUGGCAGACACGACGCUCAUAGAGCGCGCCGCUGCAAAAAGUCGCAGUGGCUCACUCUGCUCCCCGGCUCAUGACAUCCCCGGUGCUGGGGAACCUGAGACUAGCCACAUCCCCACCGACGGUAGUUCCUCUCAGGACGACGAUAAACAAGCUCCAGGUACGCAUGCGAUGCCAGGGCCUAUCACAAACAGGACACUGCUACAGGAAGCUCGCCAGGCGUCCGAAGGAUCGCUGGGCAGCGGCAACAACAGUCCCAGAGCAAGACUUAAGGCGGCACAACAGACUCGCCGAUCGCAGUCAUGCAAAGUGCCCAGCUCAAAAAACGCCACACGUCCCCACGUCAGACGUCGGCAGGAAAAGGACGAGGACUCAGCUCCCGCCAGCGGAACAGGAUCUGCCGCGAACAUCAACUAUCAGGAAAAAAUCACGCCCCUUGAAGCUGCCGACGAUGUAUACAACAUUUUUCUACGUAAAGUUCCUUCCUGUGGUAAGCUGCUGGCGGUCGACGAUCCCAUGUUUCCCAGUGAUGGGCAGUGUGCCGGAGACUCGCCCGUGCCCCUACGUCGUUGUGCUUCCGCUCGACGUCCGCCCAAAAAUUCUUCGUAUCCCGACCCCCGGGACCACAGCCCGACCCCUCCGAGGGGACAGAAGCCCAAAAUAAGAGGAGGUGCUUCCCCAAGAAAAACGGAUUCUAAGAAGGCGGGUGGAUUUUUGGAAGUGCGGGACCCCGGCCCGGCUUUCGAAACCCUCGACAGCGAGCAAUAUAUUCUGCGCAACUUUUCGACCACAAACAAGGG